ACCCCUUCAUUCCAUUUGCAUGUAUUCACCUUGAGGGCCGACAUCAUAAUAGUAACUGUUUUAAUUUGAGAAAAGUUUUGUCAUCUUCAACCUUGUAUACAUAAACAAAUUGGAGCGAAUGUUAAUCAGUGUUAAAUUUCAGAAUCUGUCAAGCUCCCCACGGAUAUGGAGUAAGGUUUGCCAAAGUCAUGCACGCAGUGGUUGACUGUUUGAUGGGCCUACUUUGAUGUGAGAGUUGUUGCCGCUACAAAUCCUGGUUUGACCUUUCUUGUCGCCGGAAAAGCUGCUUAACAUGUCUCAUGCCGACAGUGGUUUCUGAAUUCCAUAUGAAAACAUUAUGAGCAAGAAGGCAGUCGUGUUUUGUUCUUACUAUGGGCUGCGAUAGCAGCCGACUGAGGAAGAAAGAGGAGCCAGAUCGCCCUGAGUAUUUGGAACCGAAGAAAGUGAUAUCAACACAGCCCAAGAAAACACUCAACGGCGGACAAAAACAGAACACGACAAGGGGAAAACCGCCGAAAUACCGAACCAAAAUCGACUCUCGAGUUCUUGCCAAGUACGAUGUAAAAGCUUUGAUUGGCAAAGGCUCAUUUAGCGAUGUUCUUCGCGUUGAAAACAAACUUACAAAACAACCUUAUGCCGUGAAGAUACUGAGGUUAAAAAACCAGCAUAGCAAAGAAGUGUCGCAGUCAGAGCUUCGUGCCUUGACUCGAGUAAGGCAUCCUUAUGUCAUCCAACUUAUGGAAGUAUUUGAAUCUAAAGAGUGUGUAUACCUUGUUAUGGAGCUCGCCACUGGUGGAGAAUUGUACGAGAGGAUAAAAAUGAAAGGUCAUUUGACGGAAAAGGAAUCAAUUCGCAUAUUGCAAAUGGUUUUAGACGGUGUCAUCUACCUUCAUAGUAAGGGUAUUACACAUCGCGAUUUGAAACCUGAAAAUCUACUCUUUUACCACCCUGGUCAAGACUCAAAAAUCUUAAUUACCGACUUCGGUUUUGCUAAAACGGCAACAAGCGCUGAGGACAAAACGUUGUUCACAACAUGGUGUGGCACGCCGGAGUACAUCGCACCGGAAUUGCUGUGCAAGAAACCUUAUACAAACUCAGUGGAUUUAUGGGCGAUCGGCGUAAUUACAUACGUGAUGAUAAGUGGACACCUUCCCUUUGCUGCCGAAACACCGUCGAAAUUGUACCAACAAAUUGUGCGAGCCAAAUACUCCUAUUCAAGAGAGGUCUGGAAGCGCACAUCAGACGGAGCCAAGAACUUCAUAGAUAAACUUCUUCACGUAGAACCUGACAAAAGGCUCAAGGCUGUCGAAGCCCGCAAAGAAGCGUGGGUAAAUAGUGUACCACCUCUAACAAGUCACAAAGGUCAAUCUAGCAAGUACUUGUCAUCUCAAGCUAGCGGUAAGUCAGCAAAGUCCACAUUGUCAUACAAAUCACCAAUUUUCAAGCAAAAAAAAUUCAAUGAGGAGAUUGUACCCUCUGAUGUAGCGAACAAUGAAAAGUCUAGAGUUUCUAUAAGGGAAGAUGAUGCAAAGAUUUCAAGCGAAGAAGCCGACAGGAAGCUUAAAAUUGCGACUCAAGGCGAGAAUAUUGAUAGUAACAACGAUUUUGACAAAGAUGACGGACCAGUGUCAUCGCUUAAUCGCUAUGAAACAGCUCUGCUCUCACCAGCGGCCAAAGAAAAACCAGAGUCGACCGUUGCAUCUAUCCAAGAAGAAUUCCCAUCUGCUGCAGCAACAGAGGAUAGCAAUUCAGUUGCAAGUAGAGCGGAAGCGUGUCCAUGUGACAAUGAAUUGGUACCACACGAGUUUGACGCGGUUUCGCCAAGGGCCCGCACUAACAACCCAGAUGGUUCUCAGGCCGGAUGCUUCCCCAUGAACAGGUUUGCUGAUGACACCACUGUCGUACCUGAUUGGAUUGAAAAGAGGCGAAGCGACAAUUUUUACAGAAACCCUUUAGACUUUAAUUCACGGAGCCAAAGAGGAAUGUCGUGGCGGAACCCACGUAGAGGGGAACUUGACCUCAUGUUUGCGCCAUUGCAGAAGAGUAAGCUAAACUGGUACAUGCAAGAAAAAGCUUCAGUGAUAGAGAAAGUUGGUUUGUGGCUUGAAGAGCAGAAUGGGUACACGAAAGAAGAAAGGCUUUCUAACUCUCAUGGCGAUAUAGACCGAUUAAGCAAAUUGCAGAUUCAAAGUGAGAUGCCUUUGGACAAUCCAUUACUGCAGUAUGCCUCAGUAAGUGCUGCAUCAUCACCUAUCAAACAUUAUAAUGAUUUUAGUAAACAGAAUUUACCCAGCGCUAGGGCAUCUAAAGUGAUGCAUCCGGAACUUACACCUCAAGUUUCAUCAGAGUUGUCUGACGGUUUGCCUGUCAGUGAUACUGCUGUAUUCGAUGCGAGCACAGGGGCAAAGGCGCAAAUCAGGACAAAAAUUAAGCCGGACUUGACUCUCAAGUUGAAAACAGGGCUUAAUGCCCAGUUGAAAGCGGAGCUACAACAAGACGCUGCUGCAAAACUAGAGCCGGUGAAUGGGUUGCUAGAAAAUAGUUUCGCCAGUUUACCACAUGGUAUUGAAUCGUAUAAAAUGCAAAGGGGGCAAUUCAAUGGUAACAUAUUUUAGCCAGGUCUCCUCGUAGUAUAAAUUGGUUUCCCUACUACAUUUCUAAAUAUUUACGUUUGUAAAUGUUCAUAUUAGCAAUGUGUAAGUAUUCUUGGUAUUAAGUUGGAAACAUGUUAGUUUCCUUGAAAGGAAAGGAAAAUCCAGCCCUUGCAGCUAUGUUUUCUAGUGCUGAAACAGUGUAGAUGAUGCUAUAUUUGUGUAGGCAAAUCUUUAAAGAAUGUGUGUUUAUUUGGAAGUCCAAAAAGAGUGAAUUAAUAAUUGGUUUCUGGCAUUUAAAAGUUUAUCAUAACAUUGUCAAGUCAUUCCAUAUUCACAAUCUUAUCAUGUCUACUUGGGCGCGUAUUAUUAGUUUUGGAAAAUCUAAGUUUUGCAAGGGUAAAUUGUUUGGAGGGUCGAGUUGAGUGCGUCCUUCAUUUUCUAUCAAAUCUCACAGUUUUGCAACUGUCAGAUUGUCUUCAUGGGUUAGUCGAAUUUGCAAGACUAUGUAACAUAUUAAGAGGUAUUUGUAUUCAAAUUUAUCGUUAUUUUUAUUUCUCAAGGUAACUAAGUUGUAAUUUAUCUCUUCUGAAAUGUUUUCCGUAUAUUAAGCGAGCGAUUCCAUAAUUUAUUGGGAAGUUCGAAAGACUUUUCAGACGUAUUGAAGGUGGAAGACUAAAUAACUUACUUGGACCUUUAAAAUGCGUUUGCAAUAUCGCUAACCAACAAAACCGACAACUUGUUUAAUAUCGUUAACGCAUUGUGCUAUUUCUUUUCAGUAUAUGAUUGAUGCAGCCGACAAAUUUCUUACUUAUUUUGAAUAAGCUCUGUUGACAACAAGGUAACGAGCGUGCUGGCAAAUCUUUGAUCCCCUUGAAUCGACUUUGAGAUGUAGAUCCAAGAUUUUCGUACCUGUGUAAAAGGUAACCAUAUUUCUUGACAACAGAUGUUAUAUUUCUUGACCUUGCCUCUCUUUAGGGUUUUUUAUCUGCCCCACAGUCUGUGGUGGCAGCUACCCUGCUACAUCCUUUGAAUGUUUGUCCUGCCUUCGUCUGAAUUAGUUCUCUUGUAUAUACAGUUGUAAAUUUAUGUGAAUAAAUUUUCGGGUUUCUAUCGAUUAAAGCUCGAAGACAUUUAAUUAUUACUGUAAAGUCGAUUUAUUUCAAAGAUUUUUAUCAACCAUAAUCUUUCGUGUUUCGUUUUCUAUCACAUAGCUAUGUUAAGAUAAUUAAUUACUCAGGCAAUUAAAGCUUAGAUUUUCAGAUUGGGAUGUUAAACGAGAUUGCCCUGCUAGCAGGAGGAUAUAUGUAGGUUAAUAUAUUUUAUGGGUGAGCAAUUGCACAGAGCAUGUCUAGCUGAUGUAGGUGACCAAAAACCCCAACCCCUCCCCCGCCCCCAUUAUGAAGACAGGCUGCUAUUCAAAAAAGAAGGAUAUUCUCUUCAUCUGAAUGCACCUUGAACUUCAAGGUUUCAGAUUGCGGCUAAUUGUUCGUUUCCUAGGCAGCUGCAAAGUAAACUUGAUAAACACAAUUGAGGUGUCAGAGUUUCCAGUUUUACAGUGCUCGGUGUAAAUUUUCACCAAUCUCACCAAUGCAUUGUAUGAUAUUAUUCUAGUCUUCACGCUAAUUCACGCCUUGGAUUUUCACCUAUGCUCGUUUUGUCGCAUACAUGAAAUCCUCAAUCAGUUUGCUGCGUUUCUGCGUCGCUACAUCUUCUACACUAAUUGAACAAAAUUUAACAGCGCUGUCGAGCGGUGCGUCCUGCAAUUUGCCGAGCGUUAAAGCAGUAUUACGUGAUGUUCUUGGUGCGAAUCAAAUGAAUUAUGCGUAUCACUUAGUCUGAUCGUACGGUCAUUAGCAAUUUGUACUGUCGUUUUAAAAUUUGAUUCUGAAUUUAUUUGUUCAUAGAGAAUUUGAGUGAAUUUAAUGACCGCCGUAAAUUCUAAGGUCAAUUCGUUAUAUGUACAUUAUAAAUGAACUGGCGUCCUGAUUCAUAAA